AUGCCAUUUUUAUUCUCCAAUCAAGAGUUAGAGGGUAUUCAUUUUGUGUAUGGCUUUGUAAAUGGAAACGCAGCAGAAGCAGCCAGAGAAUACGCACGAAGAUUUCCAACUAGACGACAUCCAUCUCGCUCAGUAUUUGUAAGAGUGCAUCGCCAAAUAAUUGAAAAUGGUUUUGGAAAUCUCCAAAGGGAUCAAAACAUAAAUGUUCGUCAGCGCAGAUUUACCCGUAUGAUUCUGCGUAAGUUGGAUAGAGAUCCGACCACAAGUGUUAGGAGAGUUUCUGGUGCCUUGGAAAUUUCAGCAAGCCAUGUUCACCGUGUUCUUAGAAAUGACCAUAGACGUCCUUACCAUUUGCAACCUGUGCAAGGACUACAGCCAGGGGACGGAGAACGAAGAAUCACAUUUUGUCAUAACGUUUUAUGGACCGAUGAGUCAUGCUUCACUAGACGUGGAGUGGUAAAUUUUCAUAAUCAACAUAUUUGGUCGCAUGAAAAUCCGCAAGCAGUUCGGGAAAGAAAUUUUCAGCAUGAAUUUAGUGUGAACGUGUGGAUUGGUAUCUACCGUAAUCGACUAUUUGGACCCUAUCUUUUGCCUGCAAGGUUAAAUGCUGCGACCUUCUUGGAAUUUUUAAAGGCUGAACAUGCAAAUAUGUGGGAUGAUGUUAUGUUCGAUUUAAGAAGAUUGGCCUGGUUCCAGCUUGAUGGUUGUCCAGCUCAUUAUCCGAGAAUAGUUAGAAACUGGCUGGACGAAAAUUAUCCAGAAAGAUGGAUCGGCCGUGGAGGACCAGUCGCCUGGCCUCCACGAUCCCCUGAUCUAAAUCUAUUAGAUUUCUUUACUCCCGUAACCACAAGAGAUAUGCUAAUAGACAGAAUCAGGAAUGCAUGUGAUGAAAUAAGGCCUUAUUUGAAUAAUGCUAUACCACGUUCGAUCAUUCGUAGAUGUGAAUUGUGUAUUGAACAAUUGGGUUUACAUUUCGAGCAACUACUUCAGAUUUUGUAUGUUUCCCCACAUCAGUCGACAAUUUCCCGUUGGUAUGGAGAAUCCAAACGAGGACGGGUGAGUCUUAACGACGAUCCCAGGGUGGGUGCACCAAAAACGGCAGUCACCCUGGAAAACGUCGAUGCUGUGCGCAAACUCAUCAUUGAAGAUAGACAUCUGACAUCGCGGCAUAUCUCAAAGACCUCAAUUCAAAAAAUUUUACAUGAAACAUUAGGAGUAAGAAAAUUAGUUUCUCGUCGGCAGCCAGGGUUAAUUGGUGUCAAAAAAACGCUUGACCGUUUCAAUUCCGGAAACUCAAAAAAUGUGUACAGCAUUGUUAGUGGUGAAGAAAAGCCAACAAAAGUCAUCCGUUCUCGAAGUGUUUCGAAAAAGAUGGUCGCGACAUUUGUGUCAAAAGCGGGUCAUAUUGCAACAAUUCCUCUUAAUGAUCCCAGAACUGUUACUGCGGAUUGGUGUACCACCAUUUGUUUGCCAAAACUCGCACACAGCUCAAAAAUAAGGCAGUAUUUAACGGAAGAAAACGUGGAAUUAUUGGACCUUCCUCCAUAUAGUCCGAAUCUAAGUCCUAACGAUUUCUUUACUUUCCCGAAAAUUAAAAACAGACUGCGUGGUCAAAGGUUCCAGUCACCAGAAGAAGCAGUUGACGCAUUCAAAAAUGCCUCGUAUUCGAUUGAAGACCGCAUUAAAGUUAUUCAAGAGCACUACAAAAAUGGUGCAAAAAUAAAAAACACGUUUCGCGCGCUUCGUGAACAUUUCGGUUCUGUGGCAAAUCUGCCAGGCUCUGGCCGGCCAAGGAGCGUUCGCACACCGGAAAAUAUUACUGUUGUGAAGGAGAGUGUGAGAGACGAUCCGAAACAAUCAAGAACGCGUCGAUCCCAAGAAUUGGGCAUUUCAAGAACCAGUUUGCUCCGCAUUCUCCACAAGGAUUUGAAUGUACACGCCUACAAGAUCCAAUUGACGCAAGAGCUGCGUCGGGCCGACCAUUUUUCGCGCCGAACGUUCUCAGAUUGGCUCCUUGAACACCGCCAAAUUGAUGCCAAUUUUUCAUCAAAAAUCAUGUUCAGCGACGAAGCGCAUUUCACUUUGAAUGGGACGGUAAACAAGCAAAACUGCCGCAUCUGGGCGAACGAAAAUCCCCGUGAGUAUCAAGAGCAGCCGAUGCAUCCUCAAAAAGUGACUGUGUGGUGUGCAUUGUGGUCAAAAGGCAUCAUCGGACCUUACUUUUUCGAAAAUGCGGCCGGGGACGCCGUUACCAACUAUUUUUUGCCGCAACUUGAAGGAAUGGUUAUGGACGAUGUUUAUUUCCAACAAGACGGUGCAACAUGCCACACAACCAACGUCAAUAUCCAUCGAUUGCAGUCCUUCUUCGGUGAUCGCGUGAUUUCGCGCAGAGGAAAUGUGCCAUGGCCACCAAGAUCGUCCGAUUUGACUCCCUUGGACUUCUUUUUAUGGGGAUAUUUGAAAAGCAAAGUCUACGUCAACAAACCAGCCACCCUCCAAGAACUCAAAAACAACAUCAUUGCCGAGAUAAAUGCCAUAGAACCGACCAUGUUGAAAAAGGUCAUUGAAAAUUUCGGCCAUCGCGUGGACGUCUGUAAAUCCAGUCGUGGUGAACAUUUGAGCGAUAUUAUUUUUCAUACAUAA